GUUAAAAUAUUGAUUUAUUGAAUAUAUUUAGAGCUCGUACUUGUGCCUUUCAAGAGCUUUUAAAGCUACUCUUUUGUUCGCAAACCGAAAAUUUAGUUGACAUUCAUCAUAGGUCUUGCCGAGACUGCUGUGCUGGAUAUAAUGGCUGCUAAUUUGCAACAGCAGCGUAGCGUAAAUGAGCAACUGCGUCGUGAAGUGGGAGUACAGCGCAUACAAGUGUCUGAGGCUUGCCAUGCAAUGAUGCAGUACAUGAUGGAUCAUGAGGCGGAUGAUUGUCUGCUGAGUGGAUUCAACACCCAAAAGGUUAAUCCAUUUCGCGAGAAAAACUCCUGCACCAUAAUAUAAGAGCCCUGUUUUCAAUGAACUAUAACUGCUCAAUGUUCCUAACAGUAUUCUCUCUUAAAAAAAACCUAAUGGACUAGCAAUCGAUAUGCAUAACCCUUUGAUGUUACUUGGUAAUCUGUGCUGACCUCAAUUAUGUGUCUAUAAACUAAACAAAACAUAUUGUAUACAGAUAUUACAACAAUAUGUGUACGUAUUUAUAUCAAACUAUGUAAACAAACUCAAACCGUCUUAACAUACAGAUGUAUUAUCCUAUACACAUACAUACAUAUGUAUAUCAUGUAUUUUGCUAAUUAUAUUUCUCUUUAUUGGAGAAUAGCUCAUUCGUGUAA